AUGCUGCGGUACAAAAACCUGCUGAAAGCAAAGAAUGCAUUCGGUGAUCUCCCAUUGCUGAUCGCUGUUCGAUACCAUGACGACGUGAUCGCGGAAAUGCUACUCGAUCACGGUGCGGAUCCUUGGAUUGAGCCGAAAGUCGUGCAAACUGUAGCGAUGCGCAACAGUCGCCAACUACUGGGCCGAUUUCCAGCAGACAUAGGUCGAAUCGUAGCUGCCCAAAUGGACGCUUUCCUUAACAAUCCACUCCGGGCCGCCGUUGAGGAGAAUAAUUAUGAAUUGUUCUUGACGCUGCACCAGCAAUUCGGGUACGAUGUACAGCGAGGAGAACUGCUUCAUCUAGCGGCUCGUUUAAAUAGGAUACAUUUCCUACGCUACCUGUUGGCGGAUGAUAACAUAGAUCGAAACUUUUCGGUCGAUUCCAUCAGUAGGGAAUAUUGUUUCACUCCUUUUAUGGUUGCAUGCGCUACGGGACACUAUGAAGCAGCGCAACUACUGCUGCAGAAUGGUGCGAAUGGUUUGUUUCAAAAUGAAAACAACUACACGGCCUGGCACUGUGCCGUGCAUGGUGGGAAACGGAGCAUCCUAUCGCUGGUUCUAUCGAUUCCACAUCUAGACGUAAAUACGGUCACAAAAGAUAAACGUUCGGCCUUAAGUAUAGCGAUCGAUACUGAUCAAACGUGGUACCAGAUCAACUAUUUGCUAACAACCGCUGGAGUAAAGGUACGACCAGAGCACGUGCUGCAUGCCUGUCUGCUCGGAAAUAAAGAUAUUCUAAAACUGCUUAUAGAUCGUCAGCCGGAUUACCUGUCCGCGACGGACUUCCUACAGCGCAGCCCACUAAUGAUAGCGGUAAUUUCGAACGAUCGCUCUAUGGCACAAUUGCUGCUCGAACGUGGUGCAGAUCGUAAUGCAAAGAACAUUCUCGGCAUGAAUUGUUUGCACAUGGCGGCAUUGAACAAUUUGAUAAGCGUCUCGAAACUGCUGUUGGACGAUGCGCAGGUUGAUCAUGAGGCGGAAGACAAAUUUCGCCGCACACCACUGGUAGUCGCACUGGAAGCUGAACAUUUGACGAUCGCUGAGCAGCUGAUACAGCGUGGCGCUAGGCUGCAGAGUGCAUAUGAUUAUCGGUUCCAGCAGCAUCGGAAUGCAACGCUGCUGCACAAAUUUACCAUCGAAAAACGGUCCAGAAUGGUUGAGUAUUUGGUGAAGAAACUACACUUUCCCACGGAUUUGGUGGAUGAUGAUGGUAAAACAGCGGAAAUGAUUGCGGGAGAGAGUGGUGAGGAUGGAAAUAAUUGA